GCGGCGGCCGCGUCCGCCAGCUGCGGCUUCCUCCAGCCCCCCCUCCCGGGCGCGCCCCGACUCGCGGCAGCAGUUGCCGGGACUCGCGCGUGGGUGUGUUGUUUGUGGGCUUCUGCCUCGGCGCCGCGGGUGCCACCUCCCGGGACGCUGCCCAGCGUCCCCGGUCGCGAUCAAACAAAUAAUAGAAGUCUGUUGAAGCUUUGUCCUGACCUAUUCUGGAAGUAGAAGAAUACCCCGGAGAAAGGAGCAUUGUAAGCACAAAGAAUAAAACCCCUCAAUCCUGGAAGAGAGAAUUAAAGUCUAACCCUCCAAAUGGCUGCUCUAAUGUGAUACUGGAAUUGAAUUUACCUUGGGCUCCAUAUCAAGGUUGACUUGCAAGUCUUCUUGAAGAUCUGGGAGAAAUAGGUAUUAAGUCAUGAUGCAGGAAUCUGCGACAGAGACAAUAAGCAACAGUUCAAUGAAUCAAAAUGGAAUGAGCACUCUAAGCAGCCAAUUAGAUGCUGGCAGCAGAGAUGGAAGAUCAAGUGGUGACACCAGCUCUGAAGUAAGCACAGUAGAGCUGCUGCAUCUGCAACAGCAGCAGGCUCUCCAAGCAGCAAGACAACUUCUAUUGCAGCAGCAGACAAGUGGAUUGAAGUCUCCCAAGAGCAGUGAUAAACAGAGGCCACUGCAGGAAUUGCUUCCAGAAACAAAAUUAUGUGUCUGUGGCCACUCUUCUGGUGAUGGGCAUCCUCACAACACAUUUGCAGUGCCUGUGUCGGUGGCCAUGAUGACUCCCCAGGUGAUCACCCCUCAGCAAAUGCAGCAGAUCCUCCAGCAGCAAGUCCUGUCUCCUCAGCAGCUCCAGGCCCUUCUCCAGCAGCAGCAGGCGGUCAUGUUGCAGCAGUCAAAAUGGUUUAUUCAGCAACAACUACAAGAGUUUUACAAGAAACAGCAAGAGCAGUUACAUCUUCAGCUUUUGCAGCAGCAGCAGCAGCAGCAGCAGCAGCAGCAGCAGCAACAGCCGCAGCCGCAGCAGCAGCCGCAGCCGCAGCCGCAGCCGCAGCCGCAGCACCCCGGAAAGCAAGCGAAAGAGCAGCAGCAGCAGCAGUUGGCAGCGCAGCAGCUUGUCUUCCAGCAGCAGCUUCUCCAGAUGCAGCAACUCCAGCAGCAGCAGCAUCUGCUCAGCCUUCAGCGUCAGGGACUCAUCUCCAUCCCACCUGGCCAGGCAGCACUUCCAGUCCAGUCGCUUCCUCAAGCUGGCUUAAGUCCUGCCGAAAUUCAGCAGUUAUGGAAAGAAGUGACUGGAGUUCACAGUAUGGAAGACAAUGGCAUUAAGCAUGGAGGGCUAGACCUCACUACUAACAAUUCCUCCUCGACUACCUCCUCCACCACUUCCAAAGCAUCACCACCAAUAACCCAUCAUACCAUAGUGAAUGGACAGUCUUCAGUUCUAAAUGCAAGGCGAGACAGCUCGUCACAGGAGGAGACGGGGGCCUCUCACACUCUCUACGGCCAUGGAGUUUGCAAAUGGCCAGGCUGUGAAAGCAUUUGUGAAGAUUUUGGACAGUUUUUAAAGCACCUUAACAACGAGCAUGCGUUGGAUGACCGAAGCACUGCCCAGUGCCGGGUGCAAAUGCAGGUGGUGCAGCAGUUAGAAAUACAGCUUUCUAAAGAACGCGAACGUCUUCAAGCUAUGAUGACCCACUUGCACAUGCGACCCUCAGAGCCCAAACCAUCUCCCAAACCUCUAAAUCUGGUGUCUAGUGUCACCAUGUCGAAGAACAUGUUGGAGACAUCCCCACAGAGCUUACCUCAAACCCCUACCACACCAACGGCCCCAGUCACCCCGAUUACCCAGGGACCCUCAGUAAUCACCCCAGCCAGUGUGCCCAAUGUGGGAGCCAUACGAAGGCGACAUUCAGACAAAUACAACAUUCCCAUGUCAUCAGAGAUUGCCCCAAACUACGAGUUUUAUAAAAAUGCAGAUGUCAGACCACCAUUUACAUAUGCAACUCUCAUAAGGCAGGCUAUCAUGGAGUCAUCUGACAGGCAGUUAACACUUAAUGAAAUUUACAGCUGGUUUACACGGACAUUUGCUUACUUCAGGCGGAAUGCGGCAACUUGGAAGAAUGCAGUACGUCAUAAUCUUAGCCUGCACAAGUGUUUUGUUCGAGUAGAAAAUGUUAAAGGAGCAGUAUGGACUGUGGAUGAGGUAGAAUACCAGAAGCGAAGGUCACAAAAGAUAACAGGAAGCCCAACCUUAGUAAAAAACAUACCUACCAGUUUAGGCUAUGGAGCAGCUCUGAAUGCCAGUUUGCAGGCUGCCUUGGCAGAGAGCAGUUUGCCUUUGCUAAGUAACCCCGGGCUGAUCAAUAACGCCUCCAGCGGCCUGCUGCAGGCUGUCCACGAAGACCUCAAUGGUUCCCUGGAUCAUAUCGACAGCAAUGGGAACAGCAGCCCAGGCUGCUCGCCUCAGCCACACAUACAUUCAAUUCACGUCAAGGAAGAGCCAGUGAUC